AUGGGAUGGCUGAGUGUUAAAGAAGAAACCUCGUAUGCGGAAGAGGAGAGAAGAGGAGACAUGGAACCAGAUUCAGAACCAGAACCGGAGCAGGAACCACUACAAAUCCCGAUACCUGAACCAGCGCCAAUGCCGGAACCUGAACUUGAACCAGAACAAGAGAUCGAACUGCAUGAAGUACAGGAAAAUGUUGGCUAUCACACAACCACAAGAAUGCCAGACAUGUUUCGACUGGUGAAGCAUCAAGUCAACGAUUCGCAAACCAACCUCGGUAUCAUAACGCACAAGCAAGGCAGUGAUAGAGGAACUCAUUUCGCGAGGUGGUGCACUGUUGACGUUGGACGCUGCGACCGUGACCUGAAGAUGAAAGCGACGAUGAUGAUAGUGUUCGUUGUUUUGCUGCAGCUGUGCUAUGUGCUUUCGACAAAGCAAACCGUAAACAGAUUGCCACGUAAGAAUCCGGUCGGAAAUGUUACGCAGGAUGAUAAAGUUCAGAGCGAGAAUGGCUCCUUCGUAAGCAACAUGGACGCUGCUCAUGGCGAGUCAUCACAGAGUGAGGAAAGUGAAAGCCACGAACAUGGGUUACAUGAAUCACACGAGUCGCGCGAAAAGCACGAAUUCAAUUCGACGCAUAAGGAUCAUGUUAAUGUACCAAGUGAAUCAAGCGAGUCCAGCGAGUCUCAUGAAUCGCACGAAUCCAAUAAGGUGCAACACCUACCGGACUCCCACGAAUCAGACGACUCUCACGAAUCCGAUCAUCCACACGAAUCCGAUCAUCCACACGAAUCCGAUCAUCCACACGAAUCCGAUCAUCCACACGAAUCUCACGAGUCCCACCAUCCACAUGAAUCACACGAGUCCCAUGAAUCCCAUCACCCCCACGACUCUGACGAAUCGCAUCCUCCUCAUGACUCUCAAGAAUCCCCUCAUACUCACAAAUCGGACGAGACGACCAGUCACGUCACCACACAGCCGUCAACGGAAGAGAAGUAUACAUCGACGUUUGUGGACACGAACGGUCGUCAGCCGAAGGGAGCGAAAAGAAUUUUUCGACGAGGAGCUGGCUCCCACUUAAGGAAUGGCAACGAAUCGUCUGAGAGCGAAAGUAGCGAAGAAAUGAACACAACUGAGGUCAUGGACCUCACAGAUAUGAACAUAACCGAAGAGCCGGCAACGAAUCGAAUGGUCAGGAUGAGCGAACUGGCUCACAACAUCGACGACAUAUUCCGCUACCUAACUAAAGAUUCAGCAUCCACUAGAAAGAUGCCUGGUCCGAACGGUACCAUAGGUGAUAGCUACGUAUACGUUGCUCGAGGUUAUGCCAUAAUCGACGACCGAUCGAAAAAUAUCACCGAGGACAGUGAGGAAAGCGCAGCGCUGUAUUCGAGAAUAGCCAAAAUAUUCCAAAAAGGUACGUGUCUGUUUGAAACCUUCGAGUAA